UUAGAGGCAAAAAAAGACAAAUAAGGAAGGAGCCGGCAAAGGAAUUUGUGAGGAACUGAAAGCUGUGGUUCAGGGAGGAGCAGCUCUGCAAAGUUCCACAUGAGGAGGAAUUAGACAAAGCUCCGACUGGGUCAGCUCGAUUUCAUUUUUAUCUUGGCUCCUUUCCAGUUUGUCCUCAACAAGCAAACAGAAAGUAAAAAGGGGGGAAACGGAGCUAUCCGAGGCAGGAAAGGGACGUGGAAGGUGGAAGACGGCAGUUAAGACGUGGAGUCUGAAGGAUUAAUUGAGGACAAGAAACAAAAAGCAGAGCCUGGCCUCUGAGGACUGAGGAAAGUGAGAAAACAAGAGUGAUAGAAGGAGCUGGACUGGACUCCGCGGAUCACUGGCAUCAGCACACGGGGAAGGAAAGCGCUGAAAGGAGGUCACUGUGGUGAGGGACUGCGUGCCUGAGCUCGUCUGCUAUGCAAGCCAGAGACAGCUGGGAUAAAUAAACUCACGUUCAGGCGCGUCUUCCACGCAGACAAACACAAUGUUGAUGAAGGAGUAUCGCAUCUGCAUGCCACUGACGGUGGAGGAGUACAGGAUUGGGCAGCUCUACAUGAUCAGCAAGCACAGCUGUGAGGAGAGUGAUGGGGGAGACGGGGUGGAGGUGGUGAGGAACGAGCAGGACACUCACCCCCUGCACGGCGUGGGACAGGUGACCGAGAAAAGAAUCUACCUCACGAGUAAACUGCCAACGUGGAUAAAAACCUUCGUCCCACAAAUCUUCUAUGUGACAGAAACAGCCUGGAACUUUUACCCGUACACCGUCACAGAGUACUCCGUAUCGUUCCUCCCCAAGUUCAGCGUUCGCAUCGAGACCAGGUUCGAAAACAACAACGGCUGCAAUAACAACGUAUUUGGGGACGCGCCAACACCGGCUGACAGCGUGAGUUUCCUGGAUAUCCUCAGUGACCCGAUCCCGGAAAAGCACUACAAAAACUCAGAGGAUCUGAGUCUCUGGCGGUCAGAUAAAACCAGCCGAGGGCCUUUGGAGCGGGGAUGGAGAGACGGCCACGAGCCCAUCAUGUGCUCCUACAAAAGAGUGUGGUGCAGCUUCGAGGUCUUCGGCUUCCAGAGCAGGACGGAGGGCUUCGUGCACAAAAACAUCAGAGACGUUCUUCUAGUCGCCCACAGGCAGGCGGUGGCGUGGCUCGACGAGUGGCACGGGCUGAGCUUGGAAGAGGUGAGAAAAUAUGAGAAAGCAAUGCAAGAGACGACCAACAGCAAAGUCAAGUGCAGCCAGAACAACUCAGACUCUCAGGGAGCCCCCCGUCCUGCCUUCUUUCGCUCCAUCUCUGUGACAGACGAGCGUUCCCUGAAGAAGAUGGGAGUGACGACGGUGGACGUGACUGACACGUCAACCCUGGCUGCGCCACACCCCCCCGUUCGCCUCAACUCAGUUCCUGAGUGAUGCUUCGUGUACAACAAAAACCCGGAUGGUGUCAGCACCAGCCGGGGUUCCCUGACGCACGCGCGCAGAGCAGCAUGUGUCUAAAAGGGGAUUGUUCAACAUUCUCUGGGUUUGUUUUUUUCUUUAAAGGCGUGGAACACUGAAAAGUAAUUUUUUCAUCUGAUUUCCGAUUCUAACGGGUCACUCUGGGUGUUUCAUGCAGGCUGGACUUGAAAAUAGUCUCCUACACCUAUCUCCUUCAUUAGCUUCUGAUAGAAAACAGACGGUGAAACUCUAGGAUGAGAAAAUCCUGACAGAUCUGCGUCACCCUGUCACUAACAUUCAUGGACUCACCCAUCUUGACUCACGACGGGGAAGGCUGUUGUUGGUUUAGCGUCCAGGAAACAGCAGAGAACGUCUAGCUAGUAGAAGCUAACCGUUAGCGUUAGCAACUCCACCACACAGCAGAACUCCUCCAGGACUGUGUUAUUUGUGGAGAUAAAACAUCAACGUUGCAGAGCAGACAGAGUCGAUGGUAGAGACGUGUUGCUGUUAACCAAUCAGAGACCCCUAUUCCUAUUUUCCUCUAUUUCCCACAUUAGCUUCUGAUAGAAACUAGACGGAAAAACGCUCCGUACAGAAAAGCCUGACAGAUCUACGUCACACUGUCACUUAACAUUCAUGGACAUCUUGACUCACGACGGGGAAGGCUGUUGUUGGUUUAGCGUCCAGAAAACAGCAGCGAACGUCUCUGCUAGUAGAAGCUAACCGUUAGCAUUAGCAACUCCACCACACAGCAGAACUCCUCCAGGCUUGUGUUAUUUGUGGAGAUAAAACAUCAACGUUGCAAGUUAGUGGUAGAGUCGUGUUUCUGUCAUCAAAUCAGAGGCGAGAUGUCCAAAUAUCAGGAAAUGGGAGUCCGAAUCCUGCCGUCUGAAGCUCAGCUGAGACUUGACUCACUUGCAAAUCCUGGAAACGGUGCAUCAGUGUUUUUUUUCCCCCCGGAGUAUGACCUGAAAAGGCAUGUGUUCCUACUAGACACUACUGCAAACGUAUUGAUUACACGAGCGUUCCACACCUUUAAAAUAAGACAAUCUGGGCCAAUUUUAUGUCAACAAACUUCUCAGUGGGGACAGAAUCCAGCCAUAAGACGGUAACAUCUACGGUAAAUCACAAAGCUGCUACUUUUGCAUGAAUUAAACGUACAUUUUGAAGCUUUGGAGAUCUCACUGGGAACAUUUUGUCACACUUGGACAGAAUCACACCCUUUCCGCAGUGUGUCUGUCUUUGUGAGGAGCUAAGCUAACACGGCUUCUGUUUACUGUACAGAUUUUCUUAAAAAAAAGAAAAAAGAAAAGAAAGAAAAGUGCGUUAUUGAUCCGUUUAUCUAAUUCUCUGCCUGAGAGCUGAAAGUGUUGAACAAACCCUUUAAUGCAGUCAAACACGUGCAGUUUCCUUCGCUGUGUGCGAUGAAAACGGCACAAAUUUAAAACAACAGAAAUCUUUUUCCUCAGAUGUGACAGAAAAGAAGGAAAACCCCCGCAGGCUUCACCAUCACCCCAACCUGCAGCAAACAGACAGAUGCAUGAGGAGAUUAAUAGAGUUGAUCUAAUGAGAACACAGGGGAGAGAGGAAGAAGCUGUCGAUGCGAUGGAUCGGCUCCUCUCUGCGUCUCAGCCGAUAGGUCGGACCAGGUGUAUUGACAGAGGGUGGCGAGGCGUGCUAUUGGCUCCUCGGUGGCUAAGCCGAGAGCUAUGAAUGGGUCAGCCCCAGGCUAAACCUCAAUUAUGUGUCAAUGAUGCAACUAUUUAUAAUUAUUAGCUUUGUAUUUUACAGAAAGGGUUCUUGAUAUGUGGGAGCGGCAGCAAUAAUAACUGGCACAAUCUUAACAAGCAGAGCUUCGAGUGUUAUUAUUUACAGCAAUGAUGUACUUAUUGAGUGAAUCAGGUGCAAAUGUACAAAUGAAUCGUCCUGUAUGAUCUUGCAUAGAAGAUUUGUAUCAAUAAAUACGUUUUAUUUCUACUGA